GCUAUGCUUCGCAAAGCUCCGAGGUCAUGGGCACUCACUCUCUGCGCGUCUGUUUUUGGCGCGACAGAACUGGUAGGAUCAGAAGAAUCUGGAUGCUCGUGAACGGCCGAUGGUUGCCAAGUUUACCUUAGUUACCCGAGUAGGCAACUUGUAACCUUGCCUGGGCUUGUGCCACUUGUGAGUCCUUGACCUUGUUUGGAUUAGCUGCGAUGGGCAGCUUACAGCAAUGUCAAGCUGCAUUGGCAUGGCAUGGUAGUAGAUCACACUCUCAGCUGUUUGGUAACAGAAAGACACACGAACUACCUAUCCAUCCAGGCAAUUCUUCAGUUUCCGUCUGAGAUUAAAUAGACCCUGCUCCCCCCUUCCUCGUCCAGACUCUCUCCUACUCAUCACAGCUCAACACUUCAACAACAAACCUCCCUCUCCUCUUGUGAUUGACUUCACACAAAUAAAUACUCCCCCAUUCUCCCCCCCUCAUUCAUUCUUCCUCUGCCUGGUUCACAAAAAAACACAACCACCAUGGGCGUUGAAGAUCACAACGAGGAGCGUCGCGGCUCCGUCGCCCUCCAGACUGCCGACAAUGUCGAGCAGAUCGAGGCCCCCGUCACCUGGAAGGCCUACCUGAUGUGCGCUUUCGCGUCCUUCGGUGGUAUCUUCUUCGGCUACGAUUCCGGUUACAUUAACGGUGUCAACGGCUCAAAGUACUUCAUCCACCAGGUCGAGGGCGCCAGUGCCGACAAGCUCAGCGAGAGCCACCAGUCUCUGAUCGUCUCUAUCCUCUCCUGCGGUACCUUCUUUGGUGCCCUCAUCGCUGGUGAUCUUGCUGACCGCAUUGGUCGCAAGUGGACUGUCAUUGCUGGUUGCUUUAUCUACGCUCUUGGUGUUGUUAUUCAGAUGAUUACUGGUCAUGGUGAUGCCCUUGCUUGCAUCGUUGUCGGUCGUCUCAUUGCCGGUAUCGGUGUCGGUUUCGAGUCUGCCAUUGUCAUUCUGUACAUGUCUGAGAUUUGCCCCAAGAAGGUUCGCGGUGCCCUCGUCGCCGGUUACCAAUUCUGCAUCACCAUCGGUCUCCUCCUCGCUGCCUGCGUCGUCUACGGAACCGAGAACUUCGACAGCAUGAAGUCCUACCAGAUCCCCAUCGGUCUCCAGUUCCCCUGGGCCGUCAUCCUCGGCGGUGGUCUCUUCUUCCUCCCCGACUCUCCUCGAUACUUCGUCAAGCGUGGCCGCAUCGAAGACGCCAUUGACGCCCUCGCCAGGGUCCGAGGUCAGCCCAAGGACUCUAAGUUCGUCCAGUCUGAGAUCGCCGAGAUCGUCGCCAACGAGGAGUACGAGCGCCAGAUCAUUCCCUCUACUUCUUGGUUCGGCAGCUGGGCCAACUGCUUCAAGGGCAGCCUCUGGGAUGGCAAGUCUAACCUUCGCCGAACUAUCCUCGGUACUUCUAUGCAGAUGAUGCAGCAAUGGACUGGUGUCAACUUCAUCUUCUACUACUCUACUCCCUUCCUCCAGUCCACUGGUGCUAUCGACAACGUCUUCCUCAUCUCUCUCGUCUUCACCCUCGUCAACGUCUGCUCUACUCCUCUCUCCUUCUGGACUGUUGAGCGAUUCGGUCGCCGAAGCAUCCUCCUCAUCGGUGCCUUCGGUAUGCUUAUCUGCCAGUUCCUCGUCGCCAUCAUCGGUGUCACCGUCGGCUUCAACCACACUCACUCCUCUCCCACCGCUGACGAGCCCGACCGCAUGAUCGCCAACAACAUCAGCGCCGUCAACGCCCAGAUCGCCUUCAUCGCCAUCUUCAUCUUCUGGUUCGCCUCCACCUGGGGCCCUGGUGCCUGGAUCGUCAUCGGCGAGAUCUUCCCCAUCCCCAUCCGAUCUCGUGGUGUCGGUCUGUCCACCGCCUCCAACUGGCUCUGGAACACCAUCAUCGCCGUCAUCACCCCCUACAUGGUCGGCGAGAACCGUGGCAACCUCAAGUCCUCCGUCUUCUUCAUCUGGGGCGGUCUCUGCACCUGCGCCUUCGUCUACACCUACUUCCUCGUCCCCGAGACCAAGGGUCUGUCUCUCGAGCAGGUUGAUAAGAUGAUGGAGGAGACCACUCCCCGAACCUCUGCCAAGUGGCGACCUCACACCACCUUCGCCCAGACCAUGGGUGCUGGUGAUGUCAAGGUUGUCCCCAAGACUGAGCACGACGACCACGUCUAAGAUUAUGAAUCUUGUUAACAAUUGCUGCUAUUGAUGAGGAGGUUAUCUCUUUUUUUUAAUUAUACCUGAAAGUUGGGGGGUCACGGUGGUGACCUGGGGAGGAGAAAGUACAUGAGCAUAAUGUGUAGAUAUCAGAAACAGACUGAAUAUCGAUUCAACUUUAUCAAUUAUCUUUGCCUCU